AUGGCUUCGCAACCCGAUGGCAGCCCGGCGACGCCUACGCCGCGUCACCGGCUGACUGGAGUUGAGCGGCCCUUUGCCCUUCACCCGCCCGCGAUGUCCUUCGGUGCUGGCUCGAGCCACCACUACCGGUUUUCCGAUUUCGACGAGGGAAUGUUUUCCGAGCACGCUGAAGUUUCGGCCGAUCAAGCUAAGCGCGCAUUACGCGCCCACCUCGCCGAAACGGAACGCCGUAUGGCCGAGGCUGGCCGCUUGGGUACCGCUUUGGUCCAGCAGCAGAAGGACCUCACAGACCGGCUUCGUGAGGUUGAAGAGCUGCAGUCAGAGUCUGACUUGGCACCAGAGCUCAAGAAGAAGCUGGCCGACCUGGAGAAGGAGUAUGACGAUGUCGCAAGGGAAACUGCUCGUGCGUUCUUGCCGAAACAGCGUAUUCCCAGCAAUGAAUCUACUGGCUCUCCCGAAGGAAAGGGAGGACGGAGGUCUUUGAGUCCUGUCAAGUACGAAAGCCACGCGUCAGGUUCCCCUAGCAAGCUGACCGUCUCGACUCGCAAACAACGCAACCAACCGACGAAUCGUGUACACGACAUCGAAUUCGCGGCCGAAAUCAGCACGUCACUUAUUUCUCAGGUUCGCGGCCUGCAAGCUCUUCUGGCUGAGCGCGAGGAAGAGCUCCGCGAUACCAAGCAGGACCAAGCCCGACUCGAAGACGAAGGCGAAAGUCUUCGGGAACGGAUCAAGGAGUUGGACGAGAGCGAGCAUCGCUACAAAGAGGAGAACUGGAAUCUCGAGACACGCAUUCACGAGUUCGAAGCUGCACAGCGUGAUGCUGCUGAUAACGAGAAGAAGGUGGCCCAACAACUUGCCACUCUCCUGGCAGACAAGACCAAGUCACAGCGUGAGCUUGAUGAGCUUAAGGCCUCCCAUUCGCGCCUCGUGGAUGACCACACAGCUGCGGUGAAGCUCCACGACAUUGAACUUGGUACAGCCAAGCGUAAUAUGGCCAUGGCGGACAGCGAGAAGGCUGCCCUCCAGCGCCGGAUUGAUGAGCUGGCUGGCCAGAACCAGGAGCUUGCAAGAGCCGUGUCGAUGCAGCACCGCACCCGUGCUGUUGAGAGCGAUGCCGUCCCUGCCACCAGCGAUGAUGAUUUCGACACUGCUGCUGAUAACAUCACACCUGAGCACUCGCCCCCGGCAUCUCCCAUCAAAGGCACUCCGCGGCACUCUGUUCUGGAGUCGGAGACCCUCAAGACGUCCCUGCUCCAUGCCCAGCGUACUCUGCAGAGUCUGCGUACAAACCUCCACCGCGAGAAGACAGAGAAGCUUGAGCUCCGCCGCAUGCUUCAAGACACCCGCGACGAGCUCGAGCGCGCCCGUUCUGACCCUAACGGAUCUGGCUCUGGUACCUCAAAGAAGAACCGCAAGGACCCUAUUCAUAACAAGCUUCGCUCUAGCCAACUUGGUGGCGCCCGCUCUAGCCGGACUGACCUCUAUAUGCUGGCGUCCAACGACCCGGAUUGGGAAGAAGUCCAAGGUGACGCGUCGCCAUCAGCUGCAAAGGCUCGGGCUGGUCCUACCGACGUUAGCGACCAGUUUGACACCGCCAACGAGGCUCAGCUAAGCGACACAUCCUUUGCUACUGCCAACGAUGGCGCGGGAACGGCCGAGGACUUCCAUACGGGCGCCGAGGCUGUAUCGAGUGGCGAAGAUACCAUGACUGAGACCGAGCAAGACGCGAGCCGACGUCGUACGCUCGUUGCCAAGAGCGGCUCCGCAACCGCGGCGGAUGCUUCCGUCGACCUUGACAACGACCCUGCCAACCAGAGCACUGCCUCAACUUCCGACGACGAUGACUUCGACUCGCCUCGGACGCCUACUGCUUCUUUGUCAGCAUCCGGGGUUUCUCGUAUGCGCCUUCGUGCCAGCCGCAGCUCGCUUGCAUCUCGUCGCCUACGGCAUAUGAGCAGCGUCGAUGAGGUUGGCAGCAGCCCCGGUGGUAUCCAAGGCAGUCCAUACAGUGCCGCUGGCUCUCCUGCUACGAUGGCCCACACGCCAGGAUCUGUUAACAGCACUCCCCGGGUGGCGGGUCCUCAACAGAGUCUCUUUGCUGAACUGGGUGACCUGGGUGAGGACAGCGAUGAAGAGGUUGCGAGCGACGGCACCCCCAGCCGCGUUCGCAGCCCGAGGAUCAUCAUCCCGUCUGGCUUCGGCGGAUCUGUAAAGUCUACCAGCAGCAGCAACUCGAUUGCUCAUUCGCCUCUGACCCAGAUUGGCCAGUCACCCAAGAUUGUCAUGGUUGACCGUUCUACGCUCACCGACGCUGUGACGAUUCUUCCCUGGUCUGAGGCCGACGAAAAGCAGGCGCAGACUGGCCUUGAUCGCACUCCAGAAUCACGCCCCUCCUCUUUCAUGUCUGAAGGUGCAGGGAACGUUGGCGAGAAGCUAAAGGAGUUCCCCUCACCACCUACGUCUCCUCCUGGCCGUGGCAACCUCCUCACGCCGGUUGUUUUGUCGCCACCAAACGCGGAGCCAACGUCUCGCAGUAUCGAGGCUGGACCAGACUCGGAGCCAGACGUGACAUUCACACUCUCCGAAGUGUUCUCAGUGCCUAUCGACCCUGUCGCAACGCCGAUUGUGCCGGCAGUCUUUACUGUCUCUGGUGUUAGCCUGAUGUCGAUUGAGCCUGUUGCAGAGCCAGAAUCUCCCAAACCUUCUCCAAUUAUUCUGGGCAUGUCAUCGGUGUCGGUGGAGCACGUCACGCCAAAGAUGCCUACCACACCGGAGCCGGAGCCAGUUCCUGCUUUCACAACGUCGCUGUUGCAUGCUGUGAACGUUACCCCCAUCGAGCUGCCUGCGCCAGUAAUACCCGUCCCUGUGCCGGUGGUGCUGCCGAAGGAGGCGCCGCCAACAUUCACCUUCUCAGCCAUCGAGAAGCAGCACGUGCCACCCGUGGCAGAGCCGGAGCCUGUUAUCGUGCCACUUGACCCUCUUUCAUUCUCUUGCUUCCAUGCCCAGAAUGUGGCUCCGGUCUCUGAGCCGGAGCCGGUGUUGCCACCCAUUGAGCCUUUCACUUUCACCGCGCUGCAGACCCUGCACGUGGAGCCGGUGCAGGAGCCCGAGAUACCACUGCCUCCCCUCCCGCAGUUCUCGGUUUCAGACAUCCAGCGCCAACACGUUGAGCCCAUCGCCACGCCCCAGAAGCCCAUGCCGACGAUGGUUGUUUCUAACGUGCUCUCACAGCACGUCCCACCCUUCGUUGUCGGGGAGCCAGAAGAGGAAGUGAUUCCUGUUCCUGUCGGCGUGUCCACUGCAACUCAGACCGAUGAGUGGAAGCCCGAGGUGCCUGUUGCUUCGGCUGGUGUGAUCGGCGCUGGGGCUGCGCUUCUUGGUGGUGGCGCAGCGGCGGCAGCCGACCUUAAUGAUGAUAGUGUGCCUCGCAGCCCGAAGCGCAACGGAUUCAUCCUCCCGAGAGACUUCGACCCCAUACUUGCGCAGGAUGAGAAUGCUCGGCCGCGUGGCCGUCCUACGACUCCCAAUCGGGAGAACACAAGCGCGCUCUUUGGCUGGUCAAAGGCGAAGGGCCCUUCUACGCCCAUCAUUGCCGAGGAUGAGACUCGGCAGUCACCGAACGCCAGCCCGCUUGCCGAGACUCCUGAGUCCCAGCGUCCUUUCAAGGAGAUUUCUGCCAAUGCUAGCGCUCCUAGGCAUGCCGACCACAGUCAGGGGCAUGCAGAUGACCAAGAUUUUAUGCCGUCUUCUUCUUCACCUCAGUCCGUGAUUCGUGAUGAGGCCUUUGAGACCACGCCUCGUACCGCCGGCCGUGGAUUCAAGUCCAUCCCACCUCCCGAGCACACCCGCACCGCCUCCCAGGAUAGCAACACUGGCUCUGUACGGCGAGGCAUGCACUCUGAUGCCAUCCGGAACGAGAUCGCCGCUGCUGCGCUUGCCAGCUCCCGGCGUCCUGGCUCCUCGUCUAGCAACCGGCGAACGUCCAGUGACUUUGCUUUGCCGCCGUUACCUGCUAAUCACAGGGAGGUCAUUGAGGCUGCACGUACGGGAUCUGCUGGUUCUAUGGCUGGCGAGAUGGCCGGUCCUUCAAACUGGCGUGUUCGUACACCCACUGGCUCUGCACGGGAGCCCGCUUUCGCCACCCAGGGCGGUGCGACGCCCACGCCACGGGCAAACAGCCGUACGGCUAUCAUUGGUGAUAUGCGGCCCCCAUCUCGCCCGGCAUCCCGCACAAAUGCAAGCCAGACUGGCGCCUCUGGCGUUCAUAACACGAUCAGCCGGCAGACGUCCAUGUCUUCGUUUGCGUCAGAAGUUGAUGCCCGAUUCCAUAUUCACGAUGGAAGUGAUGUCUUCGGGACUGGUUAUGGCCAUACCGAUCCCCGCAUGAUCCAGGCUAUCACCCAGACCAUGAUAGGCGAGUACCUCUGGAAGUACACGCGUAAGACGGGCCGCUCCGGCCUCUCUGAGAACCGCCACCGCCGGUACUUCUGGAUCCACCCGUAUACGCGGAUGCUCUCUUGGAGCGAUCAUGGCCCAACCCCCGGAAGCCGUUCUGAGCAACGCGCCAAGAGCAUCCCCAUUGAGGGCGUCCGCGUUGUGACCGACGACAAUCCUAUGCCGCCUGGCCUGCACCGGAAGAGUCUUAUCGUCAUUUCUCCUGGCCGCACUGUCAAGUUUACCUGCCCGACCAGUCAUCGCCACGAGAUUUGGUUUAACGCCUUGUCCUAUUUACUUCUUCGCAACGAUGAGGUGCCAAACGAUGGCAUGACCGCCAACGGAGAGCCGAUCACCCGCGAGGAUGUGGAUGAAUUCAACCCACCAUUUGCCGGCAAUCGCCUGUCUGCAGCUCCCCAAGCACGCCGCCGGCCGCCGGUGUCCCUUGCGUCGUAUAAUUCGCGCACAACACGGAACGAGUCGCCGGCAUUGGACAUGUCCAUGAACAUUCCGACGCUGACACCGACCCCUAACAAGAAAGCGUCGGCUGCAGCAGGCUCUAUGACUCCGUCGACGUCUGUGGCUGGCCUCACAUCUCGCAGCCGCCUCAGCCGCAUCGGCGGUUACUGGCGGUCUAGCCAGUCAUUAUCGGCGCAAUUCAAUAGCUUCCGUGGUCGCAGCACCACGCCCCUUGGCCACAGGCACACGAACAGUGGCGCACAGGGCAGCGGCAUCUACGAGGCUAGUGAAAUGAACGACAGCGCCGAGGAGCUGCGGGCAAUGUACGAGGCGCAGGACAGGGCAUCUGACCGUCUUGAGAAUGUCCGAGCGUGCUGUGAUGGUAAACAUGAUGUCGGUAUGCUAUCGCAUAGUUCGCGCCGCCACCGUCACUCUAAUGGAGCAUCGUCUGUCAUGUCGACGCCGACACAUAGUACUAGGCACCGUUCUUAG